CAUUUUGCAUAUUCAACCAUCAGACUGGAAGAACUCAAAGGAGCUGACAGAGUCAUCUAGAUCAGUAGAAAUCUUGCUGUUUCAAACCUUCCUAAGAUGAAGACCUUCAGCGUUGCAGUUGCAGUGGCCGUUAUGCUCACCUUCAUUUGCAUUCAAGAGAACUCUGCUGUCCCAGUCGUUGGAGUGGAAGAGAUGGAGGAGAUGCCCAGCAAUGACAGUCCAGUUGCUGCAGUAUCAGAGGACUCAAGGAAGAUGGGGAAAUGGAGCUAUUUUUCAAAAUUCAACAUUCCAAAGAUAAAGUGUGGCCGUUGCUGCACCAGAAGUUUCUGUAUAUUCUGCUGUCGUGCUCAAAGUUAAAUUAUUACAGACAAUAGAAUAUUUUUUUAAACUUUUGUUAAGAGUUGAUGUCAGAGAUUAUGAGUUUAAGUUGGUUGCACAUGAUGUAAUGAAGGUACUGUAUGUCACCUGUUAGUCUUGUUCCACUUGCUGUGUAUCAUUGUUAAUAAAAAACACUUCUUUUCUGAAA